CCGCUGGACUAUGAAACGAAGAAGGCCUACACCUUCAAGGUAGAUGCAUCCAACGCCCACCUGGACCCGCGGUUCCACAGCUUCGGGGCAUUCAAGGACACGGCCACAGUGAAGAUUAACAUCCUGGAUGUAGAUGAGCCUCCAGUGUUCACUAAGCCCUCCUACGAGAUGGAGGUAUACGAGGACUCACCUGUAGGCGACAUCAUCGGAGCAGUCACCGGACAGGAUCUGGAUGCUAGCAACAGACCUGUCAGGUAAGUUAAAGGUCCUGAAAACUCAUUCUGAAAAGUGCUUUAUCUCUCCUGACUAACUACCACAUUGUUUGAAAUGACAGGCUGAGUGGGCGGGGAGCUUAUAUUCAUGAGCUCAACUUGACUGCCAGCUCUUUGAAAUGCCUAUGUCAAGAAACUUGGAUGCAGUGAGCAGUGUUGCAGUAAAAUCAUCUCAAGCAAAUUUGUUGAUACACAAAGCAACUCAAGCAACAUUGAAAUUGCAUCAAUGAUAUCAUUUUUUUAUGUACUUAACAAAAAUAUAAACGCAACAUGCAACAAUUUCAACAAUUUUCAACGAGUUACAGUUUAUAUAAGGAAAUCAGUAAAUUGAAAUGAAUUUAUUAGGCCCUAAUCUAUGGAUUUCACAUGACUGGGCAGGAGCACAGCCAUGGGUGGGCCUGGUAGGGCAUAGGCCCACCCAAUUGGGAGCCAGGCCCAGCAAAUAAGAAUGAGUUUUUCCCCACAAAAUGGCUUUAUUACAGACAGAAAUACUCCCCAGUUUCAUCAGCGGUCUGGGUGGCUGGUCUCAGAAGAUACCGCAGGUGAAGAAGCCGGAAGUGGAGGUCCUGGGCUGGCGUGGUUACACGUGGUCUGCGGAUGUGAGGCAGGUUGGAUGUACUGCCAAAUUCUCUGGAACGACGUUGGGAGGUGGCUUAUGGUAGAGAAAUGAACAUUAAAUUCUCUGGCAACAGCUUUGGUGGAGAUUCCUGCAGUCAACCUGGCAAUUGCAUGCUCCCUCAAAACUUGAGACAUAUGUGGCAUUGUGUUGUGUGACAAAACUGCACAUUUUAGAGUGGCCUUUUAUUGUCCCAACACAAGGUGCACCUGUGUAAUGAUCAUGCUAUUAAAUCAGCUUCUUGAUAUGCCACACGUCAGGUGGAUGGAUUAUCUUGGCAAAGUAGAAAUGCUCACUAACAGGGACGUGAACAAAUUUGUGCACAAUAUAUUUGAGAACUAAGCUUUUUGUGCAUAUUGAACAUUUCUGGGAUCUUUUAUUUCAGCACUGACGGAUAUGUUGACAUGACAACUGCGUCUGAGUUUUGAACAAACCUUCCCCCCCUUUUGUUCCAUGCUGGCUGAAGACCUAGCUAGCCCGUAACUAGCUAACACAGAUGAAAUGAGAAACAUAUAAGUAUCUUUGCCAUAGAUUAAUAGUUUAAAGUUGUAGGAUAUCAUUUUUAAUAAUUUGGCUGCUCUAAAUUAUUUUGACCAGCAGGUGCCACUACUGUACAAUGUGUUGAUCAAAGCCUUGAGUAAUGAACCUAUUUUUGACACAAUUGGCUAGGAAGAAUCAAUUCUUCAUUUCCCCAUCACUAAUAAUAAGGUAUACCACCUUAAUGCUUCGCAACAAUGGGAUAUACAAAGGCUUUUAGGGAACUCAUACACUUCUGUAAGCUUCAGUGAGACUAUAAUAUAUAUAUAUAUAUAUAUUUGUUUUAAUGUUCAACUUUAACAUGUAAUACUUAUACAACAGAACAGAUGAAUAGGAAUUACAUUUAUUCUCAUGGAUGGCUAAAAAUAACUUGCUGAAUGCCACUCCCCUACUAAAGUAUGCCUCCAGUCUUCUGAUCUGACCUGCUGGGUCAUAUCUCAGUAACCCAGUAUCAAUAACCCAGCAGAAAACAUCCCAAGUAAUUGACCCAAUGCGUGCAACCCAGCAGUUGGGUCAACCAAACAACCCAGCAUUUUUUUUGGAGUGCAGUUGUAACUAACCUGAUUCAGCUUAUCAACCAGCGAAUUAUUAAAAUAAGGUGCACUAGAUUAUCGUUAAGGUGAAAACCUACAGGACGGUAGCUCUCCAGAAACAGGGUUGGAAAGCCCUGGAAUAGGACACUCGGUGGCACUGUAAGAUCUUUGUUCCAGGUCUACACUAACCUGAUUCAACAACAAUAAAGCCCAAACCAUCUCUACCUCUUUUGCUGUGUUACCCAGUCCUGUCAAGUAAAGUUACAGGUUUAAUUAUGGUUUAGGAAAUAGGAUGAGGAACUAUAGGAGCUUGGGUAGUGCUGUAAUACUAUGUUCUUCACUCCUGGACCUGAGGUACUCUGACACAUAUACUUUUGUUACAGCUGAACAAUACUAAACUGAUUAAGUUACUCAACCAACAAUGAAGCCAAAAACUCUCUCUCUGUCUCAGUGCAAAGCAUAUUUAAAAUAAAAUCUCAGCACAUAGUACACAAUUGAGUGUCCCGGCACAGAUGGAAACAGAGCACAUUGUAACAAAAAUUAUGAAGGGUGAUUUGUCUUGGAGUCUAUUAGUUAGACAGAUUACUUUUUAGUUCUACAGUGGUCAUUUUCCAAUAUGUACUACUCAAGGGUUGAACAAGACACAGAUGACAAAGAUAGCCUGUUGCAACCAAGAAAGUAUUUGUUUUAAUAUGAAUAUUUCAUCUCGUAAAAGACAAUAGAAUGGAUGAGGCAGAGAUUUGUAGAACAAAAAGCCUUUGCUCUCCAUUGUUUAGAUUUUUCACUUUGUCUUGAGUGUGUUUAAUUAUUCAGCAACUCCACAUUUUCAUGCCAUGAAAGAAGAGACUGCUUUCUCACCUCCAAAACAAUAGUACGAAUGACCUUCCAUGCAUAGCAAAUCACACUUUUAGAGUUUAGCCUCCACAGACUCCCACUUUUUAAUGGUGGAUCACCAAGUUAUCUCUAACUGAGGGAAGAACAGGCAUGAAUAAUGCAUUUUACAGUUACUCCAAACAUCAACUUAAAGUUCAGAUUACUUUGAGGGAUUGCAUUUGUGCAACCUUUUCUGACAUGACAAGAGGUCACGAACAUCUGAAAGCAUUGUGAAAGGAAGAGGUGCAGCAUCCAGUGCCCUCGCUCGCCUUGGCUGUAAACUCUCCGCCUCCUCCAUCAUACUCUGUCACGAGAAAGGCCUUUAUGGCCUCCUCAAUAGUGACUCGAUGGAGGCGAACGUUAGUUUGUGCUGUGGAGGAGAACAACACAAAUACUUGACUGCACAGUCCACAUUAUUUCAGAAUGUUGUGUUCAGUUGAUGUGCAAGCUUCUUCUGCACAGACAAUAUUUCAGAGAAAUAUUGAACGGAAAUAUGUUCCAAAGUCAUGAGUGGCAAAUUGGAAUUCUCUUUUGAGUUCUCUUUGUGACAGACUACACAUUGUAUGUGAAAGAGUAGAAGAGGAGGUGUGGUGAGGAGUUGUCUUUCCAACUACUCUAGUUUGAGGAUCAGGCCGCACUUCAAUGCCAAUUGGUUGAACAGAGAAAGUUAAGCAGUUGUGAACUGCAUAGAUGUGCUGAAUUCAGUGCUAUGUCGCUGUCCAUCGCCAGAGUGGUUCUAAACUGUAAAAUGAACUAUCCAUGGUCCUGCACAGUGUCUAGAGCUGUCCAUGGUUCUGAAAAGUAUGCAGGGCUGUCCAUGGCCCUGGAUAGUGACUGGAGUUGCCCAUGGUGCAAAACAGUGAGUUGAGCUGUCCAUGGUGCUGAAAAAUGGACUGAAGCACUAUACGCUAUCCUAUCUGUUGAGUUUUGUUUUGCUUCUCUUGUUCACUCAGUUAUUCCAUUGACUGACUACACACAUAUGUUAGGUAUUCACAAUUAAGUAUAUAUGAUGUUACACAGCUGUUGAUGUGUUUUUUAUUUAUAAUAUUUGCAUAUGGUGUUUAAAAUGGGACUAGAGGAUGAUAUUCUUUCUUGUAAAUUGAAAUAUUAAUAUAAAAUACAAGACUGGUGAUGUGUCUUUUGGAUACAUAAUAGAAAUUAAGUUUGAAGGGAUGGUAUCUUUUCAUACUAACCAUUACAAAGGAUAUCUUAAAACUAGCAUUUCAAAAGGGAGAUCAUUUAUAAAGCUAAACUGAUGAGACAGGUUGAGAUUCAACCAUAAAAAUAUCGGUAAUGCCCAAAGGAUGGCUUUAUAAGCAUUCACCCCUUUGAACCUGUAAUCAGAGUUGUAGUGUAAUAUUCAUCAAAGAAAGUAACACUGAACGGUUCUUACUAAAUCAGGUCUACUUCAAGGCAUUCAAAUAAACAGGGUUAAAGAGAGGGCUAAGAGAACUGGGAAUUUGAAUAGAAAACCACCAGAAUAUUUUUUUAAUGAAACAUGUUAUCUGGUUAGAACUUUACUCUGUCUCUUUAAUGGCUGACUCUAAAACAUGUUCUUGUUACUAACUCAUAAAUAUGAGAGACAAGGUUUUAACCAUUGACCUGUUUCUCAGUGAUCAGAAUCUCAUGUAAGCUGUUGGAGAGCUGUGCUACCAACAUUUUACAUUCAAGGAAAAGUACAGUAUAGGACCAACAUAUAAUGAACAUGCAGCUUGCAUCCUUGUGUCUUAACGAUGUCACUGCUUUCAGUUGCCCUUAACCCUCAAUCAAAUAAUGUUUCUAGAGCAAUGUUUCUUUUAAAGGCUGCUUGUGUUGUCUCCAUUUGUGUUACUCUAGAAAAGCAUUUUGUCAGCAUAAACCAAGAUAUAUGUGCCCCCAUUACUCAAUUAGGAUGUAUGCUGCUUACCACAGCCCAUUUUGUAGAAAUGCCCUUAGUGUAUGAGUAAUAAAUAAUUAUUAACUGCGUCCCAAAUGGCACCCUAUUACCUAUAUAGUGCACUACGUUUGACCAGGGCUCAUAGGGCUCUGGUCAAAAGUAGUGCAUUGCAUAGGGAAUAGGCUGCCAUUUGGGACACAGCCCCUGGGUCAAUAUAUUACAACAAAUUCUACACAUUUGCCCAUGGGGAAAAUCAAUUCCUUGCUACCCUCUUGUUUAUGUGGGAAAUGGCCUAAUUUACCAAACUUUUUAUCAGGUAUUCCAUUGACUGGAAAAGUGACCUGGACAGCUACUUUGACAUUGAUCCAGUGGAGGGAACGAUUUCCACUAAUGAACUCCUGGACAGAGAGAGUAUCGCCCAGCACAAUAUCACCAUUGUGGCCACCAAACUUAGUAAGUAUGAUGACAACAGAUUGAUCGUGAUUCAUGUAGGUGUCACUGUUGCCUUUCUCUAUUGUUAUCUGUGUGAAGAAUUUAAGGUGGUUUUACUCAAGUCAAUAGUCAAUCCCAUUUUGUGUGAGUCGUGUAUGGGCGACCGUAAAGCAUGAUGGCUCCUCUGGAGCGUGUUUCAUCAGGACAUUGUCUCCUCUGGCCGUGCCCACCUAAAAUGUCUCUUAAACUCUCUCUGUCUGACUCUUCAUGCUUUACCAUCUAUACAUUUUAACUGUCUUCUAAAGCAUUUUAGGAUCUGAGUUUUCUUGUUUGAAUCAUCUUAUAUUGACGAUGAUGAAGAAAUUGUCUGUUUUCAGUCACGUCACAAAAAAGAGGUAGAGUCAAAUAUAUGCAUGAUGGAGAGCCCUGCAGUGUUGCUUUAAGAGUUAAUCACAUCACUGUGAAUUUAAGACAUGCCAUCAGACUAAUUAUGUUUUUAUGAAGGAAAGUGAAGCAAAUUUCCAGAUAAAUAAGCAAAUCCAUCGUCAUCAAGUCAUCAAAUCUGCUAAGAGCCAUCAAAGUCAUUAUCUGGGAGGCAGGCUGAUGCUCAAUCAAAAUUACCCACGCUGUAUUCUCAUUAAGACGGACUGUGAAAUAAGGGCCAUUAAAAGUUGAGCUGCUUUUAUCGCCUUGGAAACUAGAAUUAGUCACUUCCCCUCAAGGUCGUAUUGGGUGGGGGUGAAAUGCUAAUUCCUGUUUCUGUAGAGAAUGGAGGAAUGGAUUGAUGGAGGGGGUGGAGGGAUGGAGAGCUGGAGGGUUGGAGGGAUAGGGGGCUCAGGCCGUCAUACUCAUCAUGUGAAUCAGCGAUUGUAAUGCUUUUAGAUGAUUGUCUGUCUGUGUGCUCUGUUUUGUUAUAUUCACACUUUGUGGAUAAAAAUUGUAUUGGGGGGCCAACCAUGCAGGAGCUAAUAGUCAUAACAUAUUAUUACACUACCCUACGUUUCUAUUUGGACAGUGAAGCUAAAACUUUUAAUUUGGCUCAACACUCUUAAAAAUAAAGGUGCAAGUUGUAACCAAAUAUGGUUAUUGAGAGCGAUGACAUAUGGGAACCAUUUUAGGGUUUCUAAAGAACCAUAUAAAAAUCAAAAAACAGAAAUGUUUCGGCCCUACAGGAACAGCCCUGUGCAGGGUUUUAAGCCUUAUUUGAAUAUUUCCCAGGGUGCCUUUUGAGUAUAUUUUAGAGUUACCAGUACCACCCAUGACUGGGUUUGCUAGUGACAAAGACAUGGUUGUUGCAUUCGUUCAAUUUAACUCCUGUUGUCUUCACCAAGUGAGAUCCUAAGUGAAUAUGAAGACAAAAAGGCUACACUACGGCAUGUGCGACGACAUCUAUAAUAAUUUGGCUGUUCUACAUUUUUGGGACCAGCAGGUGCUACUAGUGUACAUUGUGUUGAUCAAACCCUCGAGUAAUGAACCUAUUUUCGACACAAUUGGCUGGAAAUGCUCAAUGCUUCAGGAAGCUUUAUUUCCCCAUCACUAAUUCUAUACUUCUUUACAAUAAAAGUGACUCCAAAAUGGCACAAUAUAUUAUUUCCCAUUACUUUCUAUUGUGCACAACAUAAUCAGAAAAAUAACAGAAUAUUUAAAAAACUGUCACACAAAUUUUAGCUUAUCUACACCUACUACCAGUCCCCUUUAUAUAUAUAUAUAUAUAUAUAUAUAUAUAUAUAUAUAUAUAUAUAAUUAAUAUUUAAGGCUAGGCUUGGUUUAGCCCCAUCCUAUAUCUUAGCUAUUUUAUCUCCCUACGAGCCAGGACGCAGCCUGAGCUCCUCUGGCAGGGCACUGUUGACUAUUCCAAAGUCUAGGUUGAAAUGAAAAGAGACUGGACAUUUGCCAUUAGGGCCCCUAGACUUUGGAAUGGUCUGCCAGAAGAGAUCAGGCUUGCAGAUUCAGUGCCUCUUUUUAAAUCCCUACUGAAGACACACUUUUACAAAGAUGCUUUUAAUGUAUGAUUUCAAUGUAUGAUUUUAAUUAGCUGUCUUUUUCAUUCUCCUCCUGUCUUUGUUUCUUUGUGAGUACUUUUAUUUUAUUGUAUUGAAAAUCACUUUUCAAAUAAAGUUAUUAUUAUUAUUAUUAUUAUUAUUAUUAUUAUUAUUAUUAUUAUUAUAAUUAUUAUUAUUACUACAUUGAUUUUAACAACUAAACUAUUGCACCAUCUAGUGGGGAAACAAUUGUGUCAUGUGCUAAAAUGAAUGAACCAGUCAGCAAAUUGGAUAGGAUGAGGUUUCCCUUGCAGUUCCUUGAAUGAUAUAAAUGCCAUUUAUUUAACCCUAUAUUAUUUAGCGACCUCUAUUUGAUUGUAAAUGUAGUUUGCAAUACAAAAGUCAUAGAACUCUUGCUUCCUAAAAGGAUACAAUUCACCUCUCAUAGAAAUAGUCUUUAAUAGACAUAAUUCUCAAAAUAUGUUUCUUUCAUUGUAUUUCGAUGGUUCCGUUGCUCAAUGUUCUGGGUCAAAGAGGGCCAAGAGAAAACCCUUAACAGAUAAAAAGAUCACAGGGAUGGAGAGAUGCAAUGUCCACAAUUUCUGCCAGCGGAGUAUCAGUGUUAGUGGUGGCGGUCGGUGUGAUCAGAGAGAGCAGCAAAUCCCGUACUCAGUCAUUUUUCCUUCAGUGAAGAAGAUUGCUUUUUCCAUCAAGGUCACACACAAGUCUCUAGCUGAGCCUUAGCUGUAUGUCUGAUUCCCCUGGGGAGGGGAGGAGGGCCAUCCACCAUCCACCGCUCCCAUCCCUGUAAGCCUCCACUGCAAAGCUUAGCCGAAACCCCCACUUCACAACCAUCAAGUUUACCUUCACUUCUGCCUUGCACUACAAAAAAUAGUUCCAGCUGUAUGGAAAUGUUGUAUAAAAAGCAGAGAUUCUGGUAAAAGCUUCUAUAGUGAGGUUUGACAAUGUCAUUAACCUCUACGGGAUCGGUGUCCCUUAUACUGGACGGUUGAGCUAACGUGCGCUAAUGUGAUUAGCAUGACUGUUGUAAGUAACAGAAAACUUUCCAGGACAUAGACAUGUCUUAUAUGGGCAGAAAGCUUAAAUUCUUGUUAAUCUUACUGCACUGUCCAAUUUACAGUAGCUAUUACAGUGAAAACAUGCCAUGCUAUUGUUUGAGGAGAGUGCACAACAUCAAAAAGCUUAUCACGGCAACUGGUUUGAUACAUUCACCUCUGAAGGUAAAUAAUGUACUUACAUUCAGUAAUCUUGCUCUGUUUGUCAUCCUGAGGGUCCCAGAGAUAAAAUGUAGCAAAGUUUGCGCCUAAACUGCAAUAUUAUAUUGUGGCCUUUCUCUUGCAUUUCAAAGAUGAUGGAACACAACAAAAAAUAGAAAACACAUGUUUUUUUGUUUGUAUUAUCUUUUACCAGAUCUAAUGUGCAAUAUUCUCCUACAUUAAUUUCACAUUCAAACAAACUUCAAAGUUUUCCUUUCAAAUGGUAUCAAUAAUAUCCAUAUCCUUGAUCAGGUCUUGAGCUACAGGCAGUUAGAUUUGGGUAUGUCAUUUUAGGCGAAAAAUUGAAAAAAAGGGUCAGAUCCUUAAGAGGUUAAUAUGUGACUUGCAUUUUAACAGCAGUUUAAACUGGCAUGGGAGAAUUCUGAGGUAGAAUGGUUUGCACAAUCUAUACAGGACUGUACACAAAUAAUGGGUUCAAGUAUAGCUAUCAACUUUCAGUCAUGCUGCGUUUAUUGUUCAUGGAAUAUAGUCUUCUGUUUUUAGAUUCCCUGAAAGAACAUAUUUAUUUAAAGAGGCAAUCAGCAGUAGAAACAAUAACAAAGCAUUCUUCCCCGCCCCUGUUCAGUAAAAAGCUGAAGGAUGGGGCUGGAGAAAUGUAACCAUUCUCUAAUUCAUAGACAGAGCUAUGGAUGAAAGGACUGACCUUCCAUGAUAUCAAAAUCAUAGUUUUAACCAUGUUUUGAAGCAAUAUAGUGUUUGUUUACAUUUACUUUGUUUACAAACAUUGGAGUAAAACAAGCUUAUAUUAGUGGUUCUGAUGGGGUAUAAGCUAUAUUCUUCAAGAAUCAAUAGGUACAUUAAUAAUUAAUUUAUAAGUCAAGAAAAUCGAUGUAGCAACUGCUGAUUGCCCCUUUAAAGGUAUUGACUUCAUAUAUUAUUUUCCAAUACAUUGACACUUUUGAGGAAUACAUCAGGCAUCUAAGAACUUCCACGCAAACCACAACGGUCACGUUGUGUGUGCCAGCGUUGCAAAUAAAAUUUACACAUACAUGCUGCUAGAACUGCCCCGGUCAACUGUAAGUGCUGUUAUUGUGAAGUGGAAACUUAUAGGAGCAACAACGGCUCCGCCGCGAAGUGGUAGGCCACACAAGCUCACAGAGAGGGACCGCCGAGUGCUGAAGCGCACAGUGUGUAAAAAUCGUCUGUCCUCGGUUUCAACACUCACUACCAAGUCCCAAACUGCCUCUGGAAGCAAUUUCAGCACAAUAACUGUUUGUCGGGAGAUUCAUGAAAUGGGUUUCUAUGGCCGAGCAGCCGCACACAAACCUAAGAUCACCAUGAGCAAUGCCAAGCGUCGGCUUGUUGCCUGGAGUGAUGGAAACGUGUUGCCUGGAGUGAUGGAUGAUGCUUCACCUGGGUUUGGCGGAUGACAGGAGAACACUCCCUGCCCCAAUGCAUAGUGCCAACUGUAAAGUUUGGUGGAGGAGGAAUAAUGGUCUGGGGCUGUUUUUCAUGGUUUGGGCUAUGCCCCUUAUUUCCAGGGAAGGGAAAUCUUAAUGCUACAGCAUACAAUUACAUUCUAAAUAAUUCUGUGCUUCCAACUUUGUGGCAACAGUUUGGGGAAGGACCUUUCCUGUUUCAGCAUGACAAUGCCCCCGUUCACAAAGCGAGGUCCAUGCAGAAAUGGUUUGUCGAUAUUGGUGUGGAAGAACUUAACUAGAAUGCACAGAGCCCUGACCUCAAUCCCAUCGAACACCAUUAGGAUGAAUUGGAACGCCAACUGCGAGCCAGGCCUAACUGCCCAACAUCAGUCCCCGACCUCACUAAUGCUCUUGUGGCUGAAUGGAAGCAAGUCCCCGCAGCAAUGUUCCAACAUCUAGUGGAAAGCCUUCCCAGAAGAGUGGAGGCUGUUAUAGCAGCAAAGGGGGGACCAACUCCAUAUUAAUGCCCAUGAUUUUGGAAUGAGAUGUUCGACGAGCAGGUGUCCACAUACUUUUGGUAUUGUGGUGAAUGUCCGUGAAUGUAUCAUGUUUGUUAUGACAUGCCCCCAAAUCUUUGUAAGAUUUUUUUUUUAACAAUACAAAACAUACACAUACAAAAGACGACAUACAGAUGCACACAAACACCUGCUCAGACCUACUUGUUCUCACCCCUACAUUCAGUGCCUGCACUACUCUCUGCCACAUAUCCUCAAAUUGCACCAUUUUGUUCCUCUCCGUCGCCCACGUUCUUCCAAUAUUUACAUAAUGAAGUAUAUUAUUUUUUUCCAUUGUCUUAAUGAUGUAGGAUUGAUUGAUUUCCAGUUUUACGUAUAUGUUUUUUCAAGAUAAUUAAAGAGAAGAGUAUCGUCCAACCCAUCGGGUAUCUCACUGCACCCUCGUAUGACAUGUUUUGAAAUAUGCAGACAGACGGAUUAAAAGUAAAUUGACAUUGUAAUACUUCUGACAGCCAACUUUCUAACUCCACCCAUCAUUUUUGGACUUUAUAGCAUUUCCAGAAUGCAUGGUUUAUUGAGUCAUUGUUAGUUUUACACUUAAGACAUUACUUUGUUGUUAUGCUGUAACAUGUGUGAAUUUUAUAAUACAUUGUAUAAUACAUGUAUAAUACAUUCUAUAAAUUAGUUUAUACUGGAUUAAGCGUACAUUUUCACUAACUGUACAUUUGUUAGUUAUGUUCCAACAAUCCCUCCAUCUUGUGCCAAUAUCAGUUAUGUUUAAGUCUUGGGGUUUUUAUAUUUUAACCUGCAUGUCAUGAUCGGGUCUGGUGUGGAUGGACAGAAUCAACCCGCGUGGCCAGUGUAGUCAUCAUUUUACCAUUUGCCAAUUCUAAGACUGCAGUGCAUAUUACAACCACAUGAUGUCAGGGUUGUAAAAUCAAUGGGGAAUUGUCUCACACGGUUUUCUCUCUUCAUUCAUGUACUAACCCACAGGCAAGCACAAUCAAACUCAUUAGAAACAUUUAUAACUGCUCAUUGUUGUUUAUUGUGUGAUUUUGACUCUUCAGAUAGCCCAGUGCUGACCAGUAGAGUGGCUGUCACCGUUCAUGUACUGGAUGUCAAUGAGUUUCCCCCUGAACUAGGCAUCCCUUACGAGAGCUUUGUGUGUGAAAAUGCCAAAGUAGGCCAGGUAAGUGAACGUGUGUCUGAGCAUGUGUGUGUGUGUGCGUGCGUGUGUGUGUGUGUGUGUGUGUGUGUGUGUGUGUAUGCGUGUGUCAUCUUGAAGUAUGCUCAGAGGCACUGUCUCAUUAAAGGUGCCAUAUUGAUAAAAAGGUCAGUAGGGAAUUUUGAAAAGAACAUCCUUGAAUAAAAUGCUAAUAGUGAAGGGAAGGAUGACUGAUUCACAGUAAUAGUAUGUGCGUCCACACAGAGAGGCUACGUACCAAAGCACUACUUUUGACCAAGGCCCAUAGGGAAAAGAACCAGUUAAAAUAGAACCAGUAAAAUCUCAUCUUCGGCUGUAUACAAUAUGCCUUUACAUUAUGAUUUAAAACCAAAUAAAUCAUAUAGAACAACGGCCCAUUGCCAUGCAUAGCACAGGUAUCGUUCUAUCAAAGUUUUGCAUAUUGCUAAAACCAUCUGCUUUAUUUUAGCUAAUGGAGGGGGCAUGGUGUGCUUUCCAGAUCAGCAACCAAGUGUACAUUCCAGAUUAUAUAUUUUGAUGCAGAGGAGUCUCUGCCUGUGCGCAUUGUAAACCACAUGUGCCUACAAAUUAGCCUAUUAGCAAACAUCUCCAUGCACGUGCCGACAGAGCUCCUUUGGCGGUUUAACAAAUAGCUAGAAAGACUUUCCAUUAACACACUGAAGAAGCAUUGCUUAUGCUUACCCAUGCCUUGCUCAAUUAACCAUUAUUUUUAAAAGUCCUGAACAGUCAUUCUGAUUCCCAUGGAAAAUAGCCUUUUGAGUGACUAAAACAUUACACAAUAUUUCUUACAGAUAAAAAUAACUUUUUCUCUCAUGUCAAACUACCAGGAAGUCUGAAAAGACAGACUGAAGUGGCGGGGAGCUAUUAGGCCAUGACCCAGAAACCGAUAAGUGGUCGAAAAUUGUAUCAGUUCAUUAGUAGGCAAACGAACGCGUGUCCUCCCCUCCUCGAUAGCCAUCUUUCAUUGAGGAUACUCAUGUUUCCUACCGCGGAAGAGUUUUGAAAUCUGCCACACCCCCUUUGAAUCAGCUUUUGUUUUGUCAGAAGAGAAAAACAUACACGUUUAAAAACAUGCACAACUCACUUUAAACAUUUAUUUUGGGAUCCACCCCCCUAAAAGUAAUUUCCAUAAUGACGCGCAAGUGGAGAAGGACCGUCUCAUUUCAAGCAAGCGCAUUUCCAUCCACGUUCACUCUCCUCGCCAACUCUCCUCGAUUAACUUUGACCUUUUUCAAAAGGAUGCGUGAGAGGACGGAGGAGAGAGGACGCAGGAGGUGAGCAAAUCUAAUUGAUGAAAGGUCCUUGAACGGCGGUUCUGUAAUAACGCCUAUGUCAAGCAACAUGGAUGCAGUGAGCGGUGAUGCAGUGAGAUUAUCUAAAGCAAAUUUGCUGAUACACAAAGUAACUCAAACAACAUUGAAAUUGCAUGCAACAUCCAAUCCUGUCAUACAUCACUUCACGGUUUCACAAAUGAUGUGUUUAUUCAACUGUUUGGUUAUUGUAACAGCAUAAAUAUAGACAAAAUGUUCGCUGUAUCAUUUAGCCAGCGAGCCCAAAUGGCAUUGUCAGCACUGUUUAUCAAGCUAGUUAGCUAGUUCAGCUUGGACAAAUUCUGUUGAAAUGUCACAGGUUGAGGUAGCAGCACUUUUCAAUAAAUAUAUGCAGACUGUCAAUGAUGUCAAGAAGUUUGUAUACAUUUUCAGUUAGGCAUGUCUCUUAAUAUAAUGAAUCAGAGUUUGGGGCAACCCUUCCGCCACUUUUGUUCUAUGCUGGCUGAAGACCAUGCUUGCCAGUUACUAGCUCACACCAGACACAGAUGAAAGCAGAAACCUUUUUUUAUUUUUUUUAUUUUUUAUUUAACCUUUAUUUAACCAUGUAAGCCAGUUGAGAACAAGUUCUCAUUUACAACUGCGACCUGGCCAAGAUAAAGCAAAGCAGUGCGAUAAAAACAACAACACAGAGUUACAUAUGGAAUAAACAAAAACGAACAGUCAAUAACACAAUAGAAAAUAGAAAAUCUUUAUACAGUGUGUGCAAAUGUAGUAAGUUAUGGAGGUAAGGCAAUAAAUAGGCCAUAGUGCAAAAUAAUUACAAUUUAGCAUUAACACUGGAGUGAUAGAUGUGCAGAAGAUGAUGUGCAAAUAGAGAUACUGGGGUGCAAAUUAGCAAAAUAAAUAACAAUGUAAAUAACAAUAUGGGGAUGAGGUAGUUGGGUGGGCUAAUUACAGAUGGGCUAUAAGUAUCUUUACCUUACAUAAAUAGGGGAAACCUAAAUUAUAUUUGCUGACACGCUGCAGUCAUAUUUUGGCACCAGUAGACUAGCUAGCUACCUAUGAAAACAACGUCCCUCUGCGAACACACCUUCUGCGAUGUUGGUUACAAGGCAGUACUUAUUUAAAUUAGGUAAGAGAAUAAGACAUUACCAUUGGUGUAUUAAAUUGAGGCUUUUGUGAUGUCACAAAAAGCUCUUAAUAAUCCCGCCUGGGGGAGGGACCAUUAACUUUAUGAUCAAACUUUAUCAGUGUAGAAGCAACAGUAAUUUUUCAUACUUUGGUAGUCCUACUUUGAUCUGGUUUCAUCCAAAUAUCAUCACAUUUCCAUACAAGUAUUUUUCACAGCAAGAUUCCGCCAGGUGUUACUCACAGCUGGUCGGCGAUAAAGAAUUGCAGGUCUUCUUUUGUAAGAGCAAUCAUGUCCCCCUUGAUGGUUAGCCGUCCUCACACUGCCUGCCAAAGAACAGACAAAGCACUUAUAGUACAGUACAGGUAUUCUGAAGCAUAUCACGCUGUGCAGCAGCAACCUCCCCUGAACAGUCAUCUAUAACCAGGGAUGUAUUCAAGUGAGAAAAACAAGAGAGAUAUAUUUCCAUGUGAAAGCAGGGAGGAAGGCCACAGGACAAAUACCCUGUUUCAACAUUCUCAGUAAAACAGAUUAAGCAGAGAAAAAACCAUUAUCAAAAACACGCUUGAAUGCUUUCUGAGAUAAAGAGGGUUGAGUUUAGUGAGGCAGUGGACUGCCUUCCCAAACUGAAACCCCAUGCACGGAGAGGAGAGUUGCGAUGCGAGGAGAGGAGGCGAGGAGAGGUGGCAAGGCUAAACAACCUCCCAUUGAGAUCAUAGCCCUGUGCACUGAUCGACGUUUAGAGACACUGUUAAUGAAUUUUCUCUUACAGAUAUGUCCCUGUUCAGUUCACCAGCAUGUAUGGAUCACUUUGUGGCCAAUACACAAUGAUAAUAGAGCUAGGUUUUAUUGCUGCAGAGAUUUAGGAAAAAUAAAAACGACAUUCUUAAUUUAUUUUAAAUUGUCUCUAUUCAAUGGAGUAUAAUGUGGAUACACAGCUGAGUCCCUGGGCAUUAGAUGAUUAAACAGAAAGUUUGUCUAUGCUUCAUUAUGUAUUCACAGGAGUGGUCAGGGGAAUACGGUAUGUUCACUCUGAGGGUACUAAUAGAAUGCUGCAGGGGGCAGGUCUUCUACAUUAUAUUUACAAAUCAUGGCUUUAUGUCUAAUAAAUCACAGGAAAAAAUUAAUAAUGAAAUUAACUCCAAAUAUAUUUUUUAUCAUUUAUUUUCCCUGAGCCCCUUUUUGACACUGAAAUGUGCAAUCUAAUGUAUAUUGACUGCACCGCCCCUUUAAUAUUGUUGCAAGCCCAAAAAAUAUGUACAAAUACAACAAUUUCUUGAUGUAAUUUUUCAUGAGUCAUGGAACUUAAAGGAUAACUUAACUAAAUGUCCCGACAUCUUGAGUUUAUUGUGUCUAGACGAUACUAAAAUACUAUCUCAACAGCCAUGCAAUCCUUUGAUGAUUUUCCUUCAGUUCAAUGUUCAAACAUUUUUCUCUCUCAGGUAAUUCAAACCUUCAGUGCAAAGGACCAGGAUCUUCCACAAAGGGGUCAUAAGUUUUCCUUCAAACCAUCAGAGAGGGACGUCAACAACAAGAACUUCACUAUCCGAGACUUUGGAAGUGAGUUAUCUUGACCAGGUUUCUGACACUGUGCCAGUCAAGAAGAAAAAGUAGUCCACAUAGUGAAUAAGCAUGAUGACAGCAGCUAACAUAUCUCUAGGUGAUACAGUGAAUCAUAACACCUGCUAAAAGGUCACAGCAGGCUCCUUUAGACAUAUGUUGUUGUGGGUACCUGAUAGACAGUAUAUAUAUAUCAUAUAACCCAAGAAAAGUACUGCAUAUAUUUAUUAAUUUUGUGCAGCAGCCAUAGCCAUCACCAAUGGGAGUCAACUAUCUAAAAUAUGUAUAAAAAUGAGUACUGUUGUGUCAAUUCUAUAUGAUUUAGAAUAUGUAGUCAUAUAUACAUAUAAACGCAACAUGCAACAAUUCCCCCCCUCCUCAGAUGAUCCCGCAGGUGAAGAAGCCGGAUGUGGAGGUCCUGGGCUGGCGUGGUUACACGUGGUUUGCGGUUGUGAGGCCGGUCGGCUGUACUGCCAAAUUCUCUAAAACAAUGUUGGAGGCGGCUUAUGGUAGAAAACUGAACAUUCACUUCUCUGGCAAAAGCUCUGUUGGACAUUCCUGCAGUCAGCAUGCCAAUUGCACACUCCCUCAAAACUUGAGACAUCUGUGGCAUUGUGUUGUGUGAGAAAACUGCACAUUUUAGUGGCCUUUUAUUGUCCCCAGCACAAGGUGCACCUGUGUAAUGAUCAUGCUGUUUAAUCAGCUUAUUGAUAUCCUAUACCUGUCAGGUGGAUGGAUUAUCUUGGCAAAGGAGACAUGCUCACUAACAGGGAUGUAAACACAUUUGUGCAAAACAAUUUAGAGUAAGAAGCUUUUUGCGCAUGUGGAAGAUUUCAGGGAUCUUUUAUUUCAGCUCAUGAAACAUGGGACCUACACUUUACAUGUUGCGUUUAUAUUUUUGUUCGGUAUAGUAUAUUCUCAGAAAGGUAUAAUGUCUCUUUCCAAUGGGCAUAUUGCGAAACACACCCUUUGAAGACGGGUGUGAGUAUGACCCAUUGCAGUAUGAAGCUGUGGAAACAAAUUCAUUUCUCAACCUUGAAGAGAGACCUGGCUUGAACCCCUGAUCCAGUUUUACCUUUUGGACACAGAGCCUCACAGCUUUCCGCCCUGCCGUCACAGUGCCAACAGGCACAAUCUCCAGAUACAGGGAUGAGAUCUGAUGCGCAGGGACAAGGCAUUCAAAGCACCAAAGGCGAAGUCUAGCAAAGCAGGAGAAAAUAUUUAAAAAAACACAAUCUGCAUCCCAAAUGGCACCCUAUUCCCUUUGUAGUACACUAUUCAAGUAGUGCACUAUAAAGGGAAAGUGUGCCAUUUGGGACGAACCUAUAGUCUGUGCAUAACAUGUAAGGUGUGUUGAGACACCUUGACCCUUCUGUCAGGAAAAAGUCCCCGGCCUUGUCAGAGGAACAAACCAAUCCUGACAGGGGUCAGACAGUCUAGCCACACUGGACAGGUCUGGGGCUGGUCCAACCUGACACAUCGCCCUGUUCCUGAGAAAAAACUGUCCAGGUCUAUUCCUCUGACCAACUUCACACCUGCUCCAGCACCACACCAACGCCACCUUACUUUCUUAGUACAUGGUUCCCUUACUCCCCUUACCAGGCUACAUGGUUCAUUUACUCUUAAUCAUUGUUUAACCUUCAAUUUUCCUAGAGUUAUGUUCGCUAAAUGAACACAUAGAAACCACAAAAGUUCCCCUGCACACUCAGUUGUAGGGGAUAAGGAGGGUAGGGCUGGCAGGUUGUCCCGGAGGCAAUUUAGACAUUUUCAGAGUUGACUUGCUGGCUGAGGGACACAAAACAACCAACAGAAACACAUGCACAAGAAUGCACAGGUUCAGUGACAGCAUUAUCAUUGUCUCAUUGUAUAGGCUAGUGUAUCCCGAAUAAGACUAUAAUGAACAACAGUCAUGAGUAGUUACAUUUGUUUCUUUCUGUUCCAGAUAACACUGCGGGGAUAGUGACUCUGCGGAGCGACUUCCGACGGCGUUCCCAGGAGAUCUACAUCCUUCCUGUGGUGAUCCAGGACAGCGGCUACCCCGUCCAAAGCAGCACGGGCAUUCUGACCAUCCGUGUGUGUGGCUGCGAGUCGGAUGGAUCGCUCCUCACCUGCAGUGCAGAGGCCAUCUUCCUCCCAGUGGGGCUGAGUACAGGGGCCCUGAUAGCCAUACUCCUGUGCAUUGUCAUUCUACUGGGUGAGUCAUUUACUAUGCCUCAUUCACUCCUCUUAGUCAUUGAAUGUGUGAUGGAGUUCAUCACUUUAAGGCCCACCCUGGGCAUCAACCAACAUUCACAAAAACACUAACAUACUCACAAAGCAGCGUCAUAACCACUAGACUAACCACCACCAUAGUCAGUAUAUCAUAAUUCUACUGGGUGCGUAUUGAGUAAUUUACCCUUGUGGUAGGUCCUACUCAGUUAUGACUGUGUAAUUUCUUGUUGUAUGGCUGACUACUGGGGCUUUGAUAGCCAUCCUCCUGUCCAUCGUCAUUCUACUGGGUGAGUCAUUUAAAGCUGUGGUAGAUCCUCCUAAUCAGUAAUGCCUGUGUAACAGAUCAGUGUGUGUCCCUGUACGGACGACGCAGGAAACAAACCCACAUUAACUCUCUAGAGUCUAAGCCCUGUCUAAGCCAGGGGAGAGGGGUUCUAAGCUAACAUAUGGAAUUGUUUUAAGGUGGUCUACCAAGGAUCAUUUAGCUAUUAGAAUUUUAAUUGAAAUUGAGCUCAGGUGCAUCCUGUUUCCAUUGAUCAUCCUUGAGAUGUUUACACAACUUGAUUGAAGUCCACCUGUGGUAAAUUCAAUUAAUUUGAUAUGAUUUGGAAAGGCACACACCUGUCUAUAUAAGGUCCCACAGUUUGACAGUGCACGUCAGAGCAAAAACCAAGCAAUGAGGUCGAAGGAAUUGUCCGUAAAGCUCAGAGACAGGAUUGUGUUGAGGCACAGUCUGGGGAAGGGUACCAAAAAAUUUCUGCAGCAUUAAAGGUCCCCAAGAACAAAGUGGCCUCCAUCAUUCUUAAACAUAAUAAGUUUGGAACCACCAAGACUCUUCCUAGAGCUGGCCGCCCGGCCAAACUGAGCAAUCGGGGGAGAAGGGCCUUGGUCAGGGAGGUGACCAAGAACCCGAUGGUCACUCUGACAGAGCUCCAGAGUUCCUCUGUGGAGAUGGGAGAACCUUCCAGAAGGACAACCAUCUCUGCAGCACUCCACCAAUCAGGCCUUAAUAGUAGAGUGGCCAGACGGAAGCCACUCCUCAGUAAAAGGCACCUAAAGGACUCUCAGACCAUGAGAAACAAGAUUCUCUGGUUUCAUGAAACUAAGUUUGAACUCUUUGGCCUGAAUGCCAAGCAUCAUGUCUGCAGGAAACCUGGUACCAUCCCUACGGUGAAGCAUGAUGGUGGCAGCAUCUUGCUGUGGCAGGGACUGGGAGACUAGUCAGGAUCGAGGGGAAGAUGAACGGAGCAAAAUACAGAGAGAUCCUUGAUAAAAACCUGCUCCAGAGCGAUCAGGACCUCAGACUGGGGUGAAGGUUCACCUUCCAACAGGACAACGAUCCUAAGCGCACAGUCAACACAACGCAGGAGUGGCUUUGGUACAAGUCUCUGAAUGUCCUUGAGAGGCCCAGCCAGAGCCCGGACUUGAACCCGAUCUAACAUCUCUGGAGAGACCUGAAAAUAGCUGUACAGUGACACUCCCCAUCCAACCUGACAUAGCUUGAGAGGAUCUGCAGAGAAGAAUGAGAGAAACAAACAAUUCAAGAAAUCAACCUGCACUAGAGUAUGCUGGGAAAUAUAAUAAUGAUGGGCAUGGUUUUGGUUUGACACUGGUUAUUAACACCAACACUGUGGUUCUUUUACACCAAUUAGUGUUCAUUUAAGACCUACAGAGUUAAUUUAACACUUUAAUCAACACUAGAAAUGAAAAAUCUACACGAGGUAACAUUGGCCAAUUUGGUGUAGCAGCGAGAGAGAGAGAGGGGAUGUAAAUAUCACUUUUUUGCCUUGUGUUAAAACUGGUUCUCUUUUUACAGUGUAGGUCAAGUAUGGCCGUGACCCAUAUAGAAUUAUCAAAAAGUUUUCAUCAUUAGCCAUAGAAUUCUUAUUUUUUCCCUUCCACCCAGAAUCCACUACUUAGCAUAAUGAACAGGAAAAGCUAAAGGGAUAUGAUCAACUUGCAAACCCAUGUUUAAUUACCUAAUUGGUUAUGGUUAGACGCUAAGGUUAAGGUCAGUGUUAUGGUUAAGUUAGGGUCAGGGUUAGAGUUAUGGGUUGGCAUGCCAGUCACGUCCCUUUAGUUACACCUAUAAUUAACUGAGUGUGAUUAGGUGUCAUUUCACCAAGUGAUGGGGGCUCACGUGUGAAAGUGUCUGUAAAUGCCAGUUCUACUCAUCAUCGGCAGUGUUGCAAUCAGGGCUGCAUUCAGGGAGGUUUUUGUUCAGAUGGGACUGGACAGAGUCUUUUAGCUCUUCUGCUUGUAGUUUGCAGAGGUUGUAUUUCUGUGUAGGGGUUUUGGGUUGCUUUCUUUGCCUGGGAGCCAGUCUGAUGGCCAUCACAGAUUUGACUAGGCGGUGGUCAGUCCAGCAGGCUUCAGUACCUCAGAUGGCAUGGGUGAUGUUUACAUCCCUGAGGUCUUGUGAUCUCAUAAUGACGUAAUCUAUUAGAUGCCAUUGUUUUGAGCGAGGGUGCUGCCAUGUUGCUUUGCGUUUGUUGCGUUGCCUGAACACUUUGUUGGUUAUCGGGAGUUCUGCACCGUUGCUGAGUAGUAGGAGUUUGUUUUGCCCACUCCUUCCUUCCCGAUGGUACCUCUCAAUUUGGUCUCUGCCCACACGUGCAUGUAGCAUUGCUUUCCUUAUGCCGUGCUUGCUUUGCUCUGCUCUGCCUUGCAUUGCUCUGCCUUGCGUUGCGUUGUGUUGAAUUGCUCUGCCUUGCUUUGCUGUACUCUGCAUGCUACUUCACGGAGUGAUGCUCCUGCCCCAUGCUCAGUGUAAAGUAUUAGAUGUAUCACUGUUUUCAUUGUUAAAGUGUAAGUUUAUGUAUCAGCUUAAUAUCAACCAACGUGUGUUAUGAUGCAUGCAUACGUAAUUAAUAAUGUCUAUAUAAUCUUGAGAUUCAGAAAGCAUAAUUUGCUAUUAGCCGCUACUGCUACUAGCCACAUCACUUUAAACUAUGCCCUUGCAUCUAAGAUGUAACUUGCUCUCGCAUAUGGAAUGUAAAUGCAUGUACAGAGGAUAAUUCUGUAUUAAUGUGUCACUUGGACCACACCAUGGCAUCAAGUCUCCACUAUCUCAACUUUUUAGAAAUUACGUGUCUACAAAGAUAAUGGGGUUUAGAGAUUGUUCAAAGAGUGUUGAUUUCAUUAGUUAGUCUAGCCAACUUCGAGGAGUUAUUUUUCAUGUUGAGAGUGAGUCCUUGUUUGUAUGAAGGAGGCCCUCUUCACCCUCUGUGCUCUCUGUGAAGGUAGAGUUAGUGUUGAAAGGGUUGACCACGUGGUGAGAGAACUGUUAUCAGAGCUCAGUCAACAUGCCUUGAGGCUCUGGCUGGCAUCGCUGUUAUUCCAUCAAGUCAUGCUGUCCCUGAGGAAGUGCCAGAGUGAAUCACAACUUACAGGAAUAAACUCUCUUUUUGAAAGCCAGUUAUUUUUUUGUGGUGGAUAUGUCAAGCUGACAAAGUUGUUCCUUUCUUUGUGGAAAUGAUGGGGAAAUCAAGCUGUUUGUCGAACUGGCUGGCAUGAGGGCCUGUCUGGCAUUAGCGGUACCUCCCCAUACCAUCAAAAUUAGACCACACCCAGCUACCACCCCUAUACAGCUAAUCAAAUGGCUACCCGGACUAUUUGCAUUGUUUUUUACAUAUCCAUCAAUUUUUUACUCAACACUUUUUUUUCUUAAAACUGCAUUGUUGGUUAAGGGCUUAUAAGUAAGCAUUUUACUGUAAGGUCUACACCUGUUGUAUUCGGCCAUGUGACUAAUAAAAUUGGAUUUGAUUUGAAAGAACUGUCCAAAUAAUAUUGACCAUGCAUGAAAUAUAAAACCUUGACCAACGGGGGGAGCUGACGCACUGUUUGACUCAUAUAUCAUAGAAGAGAACGCUAAGGAGAAGGAAAAGGAGAAGGGCAUUCAAGAUUACAGUUCUCAUGCUUUCUAUUGUUUUUGUCAAUUUUCAACCAAUUUAUUUCUUCAUUUCAAUUGAAAUACUUUCUCUACAUGUGUUGAACUGUACAUUCCUUUCCCUUGUGAAUAGUCCAAUUGAAGAACCACAUGGGAAAUGUGUACUGUAUUUACCACAGCGAGGAGGGAAAAACUGUGGAAUAAUCUUUCGUCCCCCUUACUUUACAAAAUGAGUGUGGGAGAUGUGUGUUCGAUAUGGGCAGCUCCAGGUAGAGGGAAUUUGGAAGAAACUGUGGAGGUACAUUCUUAAGAAUAACCAUCCACCCCCCUGGAAUGAUCAGUGUAUUUUGCUUGACUACAAUGCAAUGUCAGUAGGCUACAUCAUGUUUUUUGUCAUGUCAGUACUCAGUACAUAAUGUCUGUUGCUAAGGAACAACAUGUGUGGGAGAUUUGGUCACUUCAUCAUUGGCAAGUCACAUGAAUGCAUACCAGGGAAAUGUUUACCAUCUCAAGUCACCAACAAAAACAUAAACAAUGGAUCAAAUGCAGUCCAUUACAUUUCCCCAAUGCAAGUAGCUCUUUAUAUUAUCUCUUACUUUUCAUCAAACACUAAUGUGUCAUCUAUCAUCUUUGAUCUCUCUCCAAUGCUGUAUUAGCAAUAUCAUAACCAACACCAUAUACCACCAUAUACCAAUACCAUUAAGAGUGAUUCAUCGUUUUCAUAAACCACUAAUGCGUUAUUCUCUCUGUGAUCUCUCUCCAGUGAUCGUGGUCCUCUACAUGGGUCUGAGACGACAGAAGAAGAAGGAGACACUGAUGACAUCCAAGGAGGACAUCCGUGACAAUGUGAUCCACUACGACGAUGAGGGAGGGGGCGAAGAGGACACCCAUGCUUUCGACAUGGGCACCCUCCGAAACCCCAAAGUCGUCAAGGAGAACCUUCUGAAAGAGAACCGGGACCUAUUCCGACGGGAUGUCAAACCCGAGCCCAAAACCGGCAAAAAACGACCACCUGUUUCCCAAGACAGUGCAGAUAUCCGUGACUUCAUCAAUCAGCGACUGAAGGAAAACGAUGUGGACAACUCGGCCCCACCCUAUGACUCUCUAGCUACCUAUGCCUUUGAGGGAGAGGGCUCUGUAGCAGAGUCACUCAGUUCCAUCGAGUCUCUGGUAGUAGAUACCGAUGAGGACUAUGAUUACCUAAAUGAAUGGGGUCCUCGAUUUAAGACUCUGGCGGGAAUAUUCGGAGAGCAGUCAGACACUCAGUCAGACACAACGACAACAACAACAGAAAAUUGA